CUGUAUCUCUACGCAGGCCUUGUCGAAUGCGGUCAAUAUGGCCCGGAAUAUGCGCGUGACCGAACCUAUGACGUUCCUGGGCGUGUGGCUUUCCAGCUCUGAGGAAGUCAACAAUUUCUUGGCGGAGGUGGUGAACAUGCAGCACGUGACGACGAUCAUCCUGCAGACUCACCUUUCAGUUGCAUACAGAAGCAACGAAAGCUGUUUAUCCUUGCCGAUAUCCUUGCUGACCGGUUCACCAGGACUCCCUACCUUUGAGAUUGCCGAGCAAGCCGCCUCGGCUCUGCACGCUCAGGAGAACAAGUUCCGAGUCGUGUUUUCCUCAACUCUGGGCGUCAUGACGUAUGUCGGUUAUCCGUUUUCUAAAGAGCCGGUGGUCCCCUUCCAGCCCUGCCGCCAAGCUUUCAUGGGCAGCAUUGACAUCACUUGCAAGGACGCUGCGCCUCUCGCGACGAAGAGUUUAGUCAAGCUUCAAUCCUAUGCCUACAUAAGCUUCGAAUUUGGCACUUUCCCCUUUUUCGGCACCUAUGAGACCGAAGAGACCUUGGUCGAAAAGCUGAACAUGUACAUUGAACACGUCUCAGACGGCUGGGCACUAUUCGAGGUGGAUCGUGACUCCUGGCUGGUGUGCGGCUACAAAAAGGAAGAUGAUUACCCUCGCCUAUCAGCUGUCCAGCAACGAGCGCGCCUUCGACAAGCAGUAAACGCUAGUACUAAAUCCCCAUAAAUAAAUAUUAAAUAAUGAAUAAAGGGGUGCUAUAUGCAUCUCUAUAUUAUGGCUAA